AUGGCUAGCACUGUCGGACAGACCAUCACCUGCAAGGCCGCCGUCGCCUGGGGUGCUGGAGAGCCUCUCUCCAUCGAGGAUAUCGAGGUUGCGCCCCCCAGGGCCCACGAAGUCCGCAUUCAAAUCCACCACACCGGUGUCUGUCACACAGACGCCUACACGCUGUCCGGAAAAGAUCCUGAAGGUGCCUUCCCCGUUGUCCUGGGACAUGAAGGUGCCGGUAUUGUUGAGUCGGUGGGUGAGGGUGUUACUUCGGUGAAGCCCGGUGACUAUGUUGUUGCUCUUUACACUCCUGAGUGCCGUGAAUGCAAGUUUUGCAAGUCCGGCAAGACCAACCUGUGCGGUAAGAUCCGUGCCACCCAGGGUAAGGGUGUGAUGCCCGACGGCACGUCACGUUUCAGGGCCCGCGGCAAGGACCUUCUGCACUUCAUGGGCACUUCCACCUUCUCUCAGUACACCGUUGUUGCCGACAUCUCCGUCGUGGCUGUGACGCCCAAGAUCCCCACGGACCGAUCUUGUCUCCUUGGCUGUGGUAUCACCACUGGAUACGGUGCUGCCGUGGUCACCGCUGGUGUUGAGGAAGGGUCCAAUAUUGCAGUUUUCGGUGCCGGCUGUGUCGGUCUAUCUGUUAUCCAGGGUGCGGUUCGCAACAAGGCCGGCCAGAUUAUUGUUGUCGAUGUCAACGAUGGCAAGGAGUCGUGGGCCCGCAAGUUCGGAGCCACCCAUUUCGUCAAUCCCACCAAGCUCGAGGGCAAGACAAUCCAGGAGAAACUGAUUGAGAUGACGGAUGGUGGAUGCGACUACACCUUCGACUGUACCGGAAAUGUCGGCGUGAUGCGUGCCGCUCUGGAGGCUUGCCACAAGGGUUGGGGUGAAAGUAUCAUCAUUGGUGUUGCUGCUGCUGGACAGGAGAUCUCCACCCGACCAUUCCAACUUGUCACCGGCCGUGUCUGGAAGGGCUGUGCCUUUGGCGGUAUCAAAGGUCGCACUCAGCUACCUGGUCUGGUGGACGAUUACUUGGAUGGGAAAUUGAAGGUGGACGAAUUUAUCACGCACCGUGAGCCUUUGUCGAACAUCAACCAUGCCUUUGAGCAGAUGAAACAAGGUGACUGUGUACGCUGCGUGGUGGAUAUGUCGUAA